AUUGCUGUGCUCACGCACAACCCUACUUGGCCGCCUCUGAAACUUGCUUUGAGUGGCGGUGAUGAACGGUCGAAGAGAUAUAGAACAAGAGCGCGGUCAUACUGCAGAAACUGUUAUAGCGGAAAGAGGAAGUGUUAACUGGUGACUCUGGAUCGACGCUUGUAGCGUUGAGAGGCUGUAGGAUUUUCUCCUAGGUUUCUAUAUCCAUACCUCCUCUUAAACGUUCUUGCUUUAUGUUUUGUUGGUGAGACGAUGGCGCAUUUGGGUGGUGGAGCGGAGGCACACGCUCGAUUCAAGCAGUAUGAAUACAGAGCAAACUCUAGCCUUGUGUUGACCACCGAUUCUCGUCCGCGCGACACUCAUGAACCAACUGGUGAGCCUGAAUCUCUCUAUGGGAAGAUAGACCCAAAAACCUUCGGUGAUCGUGCUUUCAGAGGAAAACCUCCUGAAUCCGAUGAGAAGCUGAAGAAGUCGAAGAAGAAGAAGGAUCGAGAUCCUGAAGCCUUGCCCAGUAGGCAAAGCAAGCGGCGACGUCUCCAAGAGGAGAGCGUCCUCUCUAUUACUGAGGAAGGUGUCUAUCAGCCAAAGACGAAGGAGACAAGGGCAGCUUACGAGGCCUUACUUGGUGUCAUUCAACAGCAUUUAGGUGGUCAGCCACCAAAUGUUGUGAGUGGUGCAGCUGAUGAGGUGUUGGCAGUUCUGAAGAAUGAUGCCUUCAAGAACCCUGACAAGAAAAAGGAGAUUGAUGGGUUGUUGAAUCCAAUACCAAAUCAUGUCUUUGAUCAGCUGGUGUCUAUUGGGAAGCUUAUUACUGACUUCCAAGAUGGUGGGGAUGCAGCCGGUUCUGCUGCUGCCACUGCUGAUGAUGCUCUUGAUGAUGACGUGGGUGUUGCUGUUGAGUUUGAAGAAGAGGAGGAGGAAGAGGACGACAGUGAUUAUGAUAUGGUCCAGGAAGUGGAAGUAGAGGAAGAUGAUGGGCUGGAUUCACAUGGUUCUGGUGCUAUGCAGAUGGGUGGAGGGAUUGAUGAUGAUGACAUGCAAGAAGCCAACGAGGGAAUGACCCUCAAUGUUCAAGAUAUAGAUGCAUAUUGGCUUCAAAGAAAGAUCUCUCAAUCAUAUGAACAGAUUGACCCACAACACUGCCAGAAAUUGGCAGAAGAUGUGCUUAAAAUACUUGCUGAAGGAGAUGACAGGGAAGUGGAAAAUAGGCUCUUGGUGCUUCUUGAUUUUGAUAAGUUUAGCCUUAUUAAAUUUCUCUUGCGGAACCGGUUGAAGAUAGUCUGGUGUACUCGUUUGGCAAGGUCUGAAGACCAAGAGGAGAGGAAGAAGAUUGAAGAAGAAAUGGUGGGUUCAGGUUCAGACUUGGCUGCUAUUUUGGAGCAGUUGCAUGCCACCAGAGCAACUGCUAAGGAACGCCAGAAGAAUUUGGAGAAGAGUAUAAGAGAAGAGGCCAGGAGAUUGAAAGACGAGAGUACUGCUGGAGAUGGGGGUAGGGAGCGGAGGGGUUUUGUUGAUAGGGACUCAGACAGUGGUUGGGUGAAGGGACAGCAUGAAGCACUUGAUCUUGACAGCAUUUCUUUCCAUCAAGGAGGUCUUUUGAUGGCCAAUAAGAAAUGUGAGCUUCCGUUGGGCUCGUAUAGAAACCAUAGCAAGGGAUAUGAAGAAGUCCAUGUGCCGGCUUUGAAGCCAAAGCCACUUGCUUCUGGUGAAGAGCUCAUAAAGAUUUCUGUAAUGCCCGACUGGGCACAGCCGGCUUUUAAAGGGAUGACCCAGCUGAACAGGGUGCAGAGUAAAGUUUAUGAAACUGCUCUCUUUACUGCAGAAAAUGUUCUAUUGUGUGCUCCAACUGGUGCAGGGAAAACAAAUGUUGCCAUGCUAACCAUUCUUCAGCAGAUUGCAUUGCAUAGGAACCCAGAUGGAUCAUUCAACAACAGCAACUAUAAGAUUGUCUAUGUGGCACCGAUGAAAGCUCUUGUAGCUGAAGUUGUUGGGAAUUUGUCCAAUCGUUUGCAACAUUAUGAUGUGAAAGUUAAGGAGCUAAGUGGAGACCAGACCUUGACUCGUCAACAAAUUGAAGAGACACAGAUAAUUGUUACAACUCCUGAGAAGUGGGAUAUUAUCACCAGAAAAUCUGGGGACCGAACCUAUACGCAGCUUGUGAAACUACUUAUCAUAGAUGAGAUUCAUCUUCUUCAUGAUAACAGAGGGCCUGUGCUUGAAAGUAUUGUUGCAAGAACAGUGAGACAAAUUGAGACCACAAAAGAACAUAUUCGGUUGGUAGGGUUAUCUGCUACACUCCCCAACUAUGAAGAUGUGGCAUUAUUUCUGCGAGUUGAUCGGGAAAAAGGACUAUUCCAUUUUGACAACAGUUACAGACCUUGCCCUCUGGCUCAACAGUAUAUUGGAAUUACUGUCAAGAAGCCUCUUCAGCGAUUCCAGUUGAUGAAUGAUGUCUGUUAUGAGAAAGUCAUGGCUGUUGCAGGGAAGCAUCAAGUUCUUAUAUUUGUCCACUCAAGGAAAGAAACGGCCAAAACAGCUCGUGCAAUACGUGAUACUGCUCUUACUAAUGAUACCCUUGGUCGAUUUUUAAAAGAGGACAGUGCAAGCCGUGAGAUCCUGCAGAGCCAUACAGAGUUGGUGAAGAGCAAUGAUCUAAAAGAUCUCUUGCCAUAUGGGUUUGCAAUUCAUCAUGCUGGAAUGGCAAGGGUAGAUCGACAACUUGUUGAGGAUCUUUUUGCUGAUGGGCAUGUUCAAGUAUUGGUUUCAACUGCUACACUUGCUUGGGGUGUUAAUUUGCCAGCGCACACUGUGAUUAUUAAAGGCACACAGAUAUACAAUCCUGAGAAAGGAGCGUGGACUGAGCUGAGCCCUCUGGAUGUUAUGCAGAUGCUGGGUCGUGCAGGAAGGCCUCAGUAUGACUCCUAUGGUGAAGGAAUAAUUAUUACUGGCCAUAGUGAACUACAGUACUACCUGUCCCUCAUGAAUCAACAGCUUCCCAUUGAAAGCCAAUUCAUAUCCAAAUUGGCUGAUCAGUUGAAUGCUGAAAUCGUUCUUGGGACAGUUCAGAAUGCUAGGGAGGCCUGUAAUUGGAUCGGUUAUACCUAUUUGUAUGUUCGUAUGUUGAGGAAUCCAACCCUUUAUGGCAUAAAGCCCGAUGUUCUGGAUAAAGACAUUACAUUGGAGGAGAGGAGGGCCGAUCUGAUCCAUGCUGCUGCAACAAUCUUGGACAGAAAUAAUUUGAUCAAGUAUGAUCGCAAAAGUGGCUAUUUCCAAGUUACAGACUUAGGUCGGGUUGCUAGUUACUACUAUAUUACUCAUGGGACCAUUUCUACAUACAAUGAGCAUUUGAAGCCAACAAUGGGUGAUAUCGAACUCUGUCGGUUGUUCUCCCUCAGUGAAGAAUUCAAAUAUGUGUCAGUGAGACAAGAUGAGAAGAUGGAAUUGGCGAAGCUCUUGGAUCGUGUACCCAUUCCCAUAAAGGAAAGCUUGGAAGAGCCUAGUGCCAAGAUUAAUGUCCUACUUCAGGCAUAUAUUUCACGACUUAAGCUUGAGGGGCUUUCACUGACAUCAGACAUGGUGUUCAUUACCCAGAGUGCUGGUCGUCUUAUGCGAGCUCUUUUCGAGAUUGUGGUUAAACGAGGAUGGGCGCAAUUAGCUGAGAAGGCUUUGAAUUUGUGCAAAAUGGUCAACAAAAGAAUUUGGAGCGUCCAGACACCCCUCCGCCAAUUCAAUGGAAUUCCAAAUGAGAUCUUGAUGAAACUGGAGAAGAAAGAUUUGGCCUGGGAGAGGUUCUAUGAUCUUUCUGCGCAGGAAAUUGGAGAGCUCAUACGCUACCCUAAGAUGGGGAGACCACUUCACAAAUUCAUUCACCAGUUUCCAAAGCUUAACCUGGCUGCACAUGUUCUACCUAUCACUCGUUCUGUGUUGAGAGUUGAACUCACUGUAACUCCAGAUUUUCAGUGGGAGGACAAAGUACAUGGGUAUGUUGAACCAUUUUGGGUUAUUGUUGAGGACAAUGAUGGGGAAUACAUUCUUCAUCAUGAAUAUUUCAUGCUUAAGAAGCAGUAUAUUGAUGAGGACCACACUUUAAGUUUCACAGUGCCAAUCUAUGAACCAUUACCGCCUCAAUACUUCAUUCGUGUUGUGUCAGAUAGGUGGCUCGGGUCGCAGUCUGUCUUACCUGUUUCUUUCAGACACCUGAUCUUACCAGAAAAGUAUCCUCCACCUACUGAAUUGUUGGACUUGCAACCAUUGCCUGUGACGGCACUGAGAAAUCCCUCAUAUGAAGCUCUCUAUCAAGAAUUCAAGCAUUUUAAUCCUAUCCAAACGCAGGUUUUCACUGUGUUGUACAAUACAGAUGACAAUGUCUUGGUUGCAGCUCCAACUGGAAGUGGCAAGACCAUCUGUGCAGAGUUCGCCCUUUUGAGGAAUCAUCAGAAAGGACCUGAGUCUGUCAUGCGUGCAGUUUAUAUUGCUCCUAUUGAGGCUCUUGCCAAAGAACGAUAUCGUGAUUGGGAACGGAAGUUUGGAAAGGGCCUAGGGAUGAGGGUUGUUGAAUUGACAGGAGAAACUACAACAGACCUGAAACUUCUUGAGAAAGGGCAAAUAAUUAUCAGUACCCCUGAGAAAUGGGAUGCUUUGUCCCGCCGCUGGAAACAGCGCAAACAUGUUCAGCAAGUGACCCUUUUUAUAAUUGAUGAGAUUCACUUAAUUGGCGGUCAAGGGGGUCCUGUCUUGGAAGUUAUAGUAUCUCGGAUGAGAUACAUUGCAAGUCAGGGUGAGAACAAGAUAAGGAUAGUGGCGCUUUCAGCUUCUCUUGCAAAUGCCAAAGACCUUGGGGAAUGGAUAGGUGCAACCUCUCAUGGCCUUUUCAAUUUUCAUCCGAGUGUUCGUCCUGUGCCUCUGGAGAUACAUAUUCAAGGUGUGGAUAUAGCUAAUUUUGAAGCGAGGAUGCAAUCAAUGUCGAAGCCAACAUACACUGCUAUUGUCCAACAUGCAAAGAAUGGAAAACCUGCUCUGGUGUUUGUUCCAACCAGGAAGCAUGCUCGGCUUACUGCAGUUGAUCUGAUGACUUACUCGGGUGUAGACAGUGGGGAGAAGCCGGAAUUUCUGCUUAGAUCAGUAGAAGAUUUGGAACCUUUAAUUUCAAAGGUGAGUGAGCCCAUGCUUAGUGCUACUCUUCGUCAUGGUGUGGGCUACUUGCAUGAAGGUCUUACCAGCAUGGACCAGGAAGUAGUGUCACAUUUAUUUGAGGCUGGGUGGAUUCAGGUCUGUGUUGCUAGCAGCUCAAUGUGCUGGGGGAUGCCAUUAUCAGCUCACUUGGUUGUGGUUAUGGGAACGCAAUAUUAUGAUGGAAGGGAAAAUGCUCACACAGACUACCCAGUUACUGAUCUGUUGCAGAUGAUGGGUCACGCCAGUAGACCUCUUCUAGAUAAUUCUGGUAAAUGUGUCAUUCUCUGUCAUGCGCCUCGGAAAGAAUACUAUAAGAAGUUCUUGUAUGAGGCAUUGCCGGUAGAAAGUCAUCUGCAGCAUUACUUGCAUGACAACCUGAAUGCAGAAAUAGUUGUUGGAGUAAUUGAGAACAAACAAGAUGCUGUGGAUUACCUGACAUGGACAUUCAUGUACCGGAGGCUCACUCAAAAUCCUAACUACUACAACCUCCAGGGAGUAAGCCACAGGCAUCUCUCUGAUCAUCUCUCAGAGCUUGUGGAGAACACAUUGAGUGACUUGGAAGCAAGCAAGUGUGUUGCUAUAGAGGAUGAUAUGGACCUUUCUCCUCUGAACCUCGGCAUGAUAGCAUCAUACUACUACAUCAGCUACACUACUAUAGAGCGUUUCAGUUCAUCGUUAACUUCCAAAACAAAGAUGAAAGGCUUGCUUGAGAUUCUGGCUUCUGCUUCUGAAUAUGCAGAGCUUCCAAUACGACCUGGGGAGGAAGAAUUGAUAAGAAAAUUGAUUAACCACCAGAGGUUUGCAUUUGAGAAUCCCAAAUGUACAGAUCCACAUGUAAAGGCAAACGCAUUGCUACAGGCUUACUUCUCAAGGCACACAGUAGUUGGUAACUUGGCUUCUGACCAGCGAGAAGUACUCCUUUCUGCUAGUAGGUUGCUUCAAGCUAUGGUAGAUGUAAUAUCCAGCAAUGGGUGGCUUAGCCUGGCUCUUCUUGCCAUGGAAGUGAGUCAGAUGGUUACACAGGGCAUAUGGGAGCGUGAUUCUAUGCUUCUACAGCUUCCUCACUUCACAAAAGAGCUGGCAAAGAAAUGCCAAGAGAACCCAGGAAAGAGUAUAGAAACGGUGUUUGAUUUGGUGGAGAUGGAGGAUGAUGAGCGGCAAGAGUUGCUGCUGAUGACAGAUUCACAGUUGCUGGACAUUGCUCGCUUCUGCAACCGUUUCCCCAACAUAGAUAUGACAUAUGAGGUGUUGGAGAGUGACAACAUAAGAGCCGGGGAUGAUGUUACCUUGCAAGUCACCCUUGAACGGGAUCUCGAAGGGAGGUCCGAGGUGGGACCUGUUUAUGCUCCCAGGUAUCCCAAAGCCAAAGAAGAAGGAUGGUGGCUUGUGGUAGGUGAUAGCAAAACUAACCAGUUGCUUGCCAUCAAGAGGGUUGCCCUGCAGCGUAAGUCGAAAGUCAAGCUCGAGUUCGUUGCUCCUGCGGAAGCUGGAGAGAAGUCGUAUACUCUUUAUUAUAUGUGUGAUUCAUAUAUGGGUUGUGACCAGGAGUAUGAAUUUAGUCUUGAUGUCAGAGAAGCAGGUGCUGGUGAUGACAGUGGGAGGGAAUGAAAACAUUAUACAGAAUAUCUGUCCAUACUGAAUGUUUUACUAUUAUGUAUGCAUAUGAAUCUUUAACUACUCUCCUCGUACAUGCCUCGAGAAAAAAUAUGUCCUUGACUAUUUUAUCAAUCACAUGUUCUGCGUGA